UCAGCCUGAAGAAAGUCGACAAAGAAAUUGAGUUCACGGAGGAAAGUUUUCUCUAUUUGUUGGUUGAAGGCCCAACAAACGAACGGGAUGACGGAUCAAGAGAAAGCAACUGUUUUGGGUGUAGUGUAAUAAAAGUCGUUAAUCAACCAAACGACGACAAAAGCAAAGGCAAAAGUCACGCCAAAGUGCCUCGUUUUAUACAUAGUAUAUGUGCGGUUGAAUGUCGAUAGACAAAAUUUCAAACCUCGCGAUUUCAUCAUUUUGAAUUUCACUCACAGUUUACGUCACAGCGUCCGGUGUCUGAAUCGAAUUAUGAAUAAAACAUCGAAUUGCUAAAUCGUUUGUGGAAACCGUGUGCGAUCGAAGACGAAAAGCUGUUAAUUAAAAAUUGUCUCGUCUGUUUUCAAAAAGAAGCGCGUGUUCUUGAGGAUCUCCAGCGGGAGAAUCUUUUCAACGAAGAAGCAUCCAACACUUGUUGGUAACUAACGGGAACGAAACCGGGAAACUUAGCUUGCAGUGGCAGAUCUGCCGUUUCGUGGCUGAGUGCAACGUGCUGAUUUGUUUCGCGCGAUUCUGUGGCUCUCUAUCCGAGAUAUUUGCAAUGGAAAAGCAACUUGCUGUACUAACCACAGCGCUUCUACUGCUUAUUAUAGAGAUCAACACUGCCCUUGCGAUAAAAUGCUUCCGCUGUACAGUCGCACCACCGAAUCGAUACUCCAACAACACGAAACCUCAGUUGUGUUCUAGAUUCGACCACUCCAAUUACUACACAGUUGACUGUCCUUGGUCAACGAUGUGCGUAAAGAGGGUCUUCAAGCUCCAGCUGCUCAAAGCAGAACAGGAAACUGUAAGCCGUGAUUGUGCUCAACAGAAAAAUACCGAGCAGAUCUAUAGAAACGGCAACUGGACCAAGGAACAUCACAUAGAGGAACCCUACCAGGAAGGCUGCCAAACGAUAGACGAUUCCACGUACUGCUUUUGUCGGGGGUCCUUGUGUAAUUCGGCUACCAAGGUCGAAAAGAAUAGCUAUCAUACAGAUGCUAUGGCUGUUAUUUUCGUAUUUAACGUCAUGAAAUACAUACGUAAUAUAGACUACUGAUAAAAUAGAAGCCUUAAAGGCAGAAAAAUCGACUAGUUUAUAACGCUUAGUGUAGU